AUGGCUACUGUCUGCCGCCAUGAUAUCCCCCUCUUUCUUUGUGAUGUGGACACCCCGGGCGAGCAGCAGCACUUUUCUGUUGCCAUGCUCAUCGCACUCAGCCGCCAGCUGCCCUCAAACGCCACCAUUGGAUUAAUGUAUGAUGUUGGGUGCUAUAAUCUUAUCCCCAACAUAGCUCCUAGAUUGAGUAUCGCCGUUUCGGUCUUUCAUGCGUAUGUACAUCAGUUCUGUUGCCAAAUCGCAUUCCACCCAUGGAAACGAAGUGGAUUUGGCAAGUCAAAUGGGGAGGGAAACGAGCGACUGUGGUCCUCGAUCGUAGACACGAUAGCGCCUGAACGUAUGAUGAGCGUGAGUCCGACAGUGCCUAACGCUGUUUGCACGUCAGUGAGACCUGAUAAAUGUCGUUGCAUAACUAUAGCCAGCAAAGCGGAUAACAACUAUUGA